GGAGGGGCCUGCCCAGCCACUGGGCUGGGUCUGGGGCUUUUGGGGUCACAACGAGGGAGACUGGUGAGGAGAAAAGCCACCGAGGAGGAAAGGAGAAACCAGAGACAGAGAUAGUUCAGGCUCCUGGAUCAAGCCACACCUGAAGGCCCCACGGCGGCAGCAUGGCCCUCCGCCUCCGCCCGGUGCCCCUGGUGCCCCUGGUGCCCCUGGUGCUGCUGGGAGCCGCCCUGUGUGCCGCGCAGCCUCGUGGGCGCAUCCUGGGCGGGCGCGAGGCCGCGUCCCACGCGCGGCCCUACAUGGCGUCGGUGCAGGUGGACGGCAAGCACGUGUGCGGCGGCUUCCUGGUGUCGGAGCGCUGGGUGCUGAGCGCGGCGCACUGCCUGGAGGACGUGGCCGACGGGAAGGUGCGGGUGCUCCUGGGCGCGCACUCGCUGUCGCAGCCGGAGCCGUCCAAGCGCUGGUACGACGUGCAGCGGGCGGUGCCCCACCCCGACAGCCGGCGCGACACCAUCGAGCACGACCUCCUCCUGCUGCAGCUGUCCGAGGACGCCGAGCUGGGCCCCGCCGUGCAGCCCCUGCGCUGGCAGCGCGAGGACCGCGACGUGGCGGCCGGCACACUCUGCGACGUGGCGGGCUGGGGCGUGGUCAGCCACACCGGCCGCCGGCCCGACCGCCUGCAGCACCUGCUCCUGCCGGUGCUCGACCGCGCCACCUGCAACCUGCGCACGUACCACGACGGCACCAUCACCGAGCGCAUGAUGUGCGCGGAGAGCAACCGCCGCGACAGCUGCAAGGGCGACUCCGGGGGCCCGCUGGUGUGCGGCGGCGUGGCCGAGGCCGUGGUCACCUCGGGCUCGCGCGUGUGCGGCAACCGCAAGAAGCCCGGCAUCUACACGCGCGUGGCGAGCUACGCGGCCUGGAUCGACGGCGUGCUGGCCGGGGGCGCGGCGGCCUGAGGAGGCCCGGGGGGCGGCGGUCGCGGGCGCCGAGCAAUAAAGUCCUGUCCUGCAUGA